AAGCGCUCUCGCUCUCUCUCUCUGUUUCUCCCUCUCUGGCUGAUAGCACUUAUCUCUCGCUCUCUCUCCUUCUCCUAGGUGAUCCAUUUCUAGGCAACGUGCUGGCUGGUGCUGGAGCUGCCAGCUCUCUCUGCAUCCCACCAGCAAAGCGAGCUCCAAAAGCAACCUGCAGACCAUCAUCUGCUUUCCUCUGACUCGCUCCGGGUACUCCUCCUCUCGCUCCUGCCCUGUCCAACCACCACCUUGCGCGACAGAGACAGCACGCUGGGCUCCAUUGGCAGAUUUAUUUUUUUUCCUCCAGUUGUGGGAAGCGAUUUUUCUAAGCGAAGGGUGGGGGGAAAUCUCUGCAUUACUAUCUGCAUUACCUUGAAGUUCACUUUGUUUUUUGGCCUCCGGGGGGGCUUUUCCUGCAGGAAUCUGGCUGCUGGAAGCGGGAUCGCCUGCUCUCCCAGUCGCCCGCUCCUCCCACCUCGCUGAAGGCGAGCUAUUUGCUGCGGGCUCCUGGGGCUUCUCUGGCCAAGGGGGUUUGUGCGUGUCUGCUCGUGUUUGCGUGUCUGUGCCUGUGUGUAUGUGUGUGUGUGUGUGAGCGUGUGCGUGGUGUGGGUUGGAAGUUGCUGUGCAGCAGCGGGACCGAGCGGAUCCCUGGACCCGGCGGAAGGAUGGGGAUUGUCUGACCAGCAGAGGCGUCUGCUGCCCGCGGCGGCGCCCGGGCUGGAUGGAUUUGCUGCCGGCGCUCCCAGCAAUUCUGGUGCUGCCCAGGAGCCCCCCGAAGUGACGCGGGGUUUCGCCGAGGAGAGAAGCGCUCGGAGCCCCGGGCUCACUCCCUGCCCAGCCGCGGCUCUGCGCCAACCACCGGGAUUUACACGCUCCUCCGGCGGCAUCUCAAACUCUUGGGCUUUCGGCGCUGCGCUGUCCUCCGCGGCGGCACCGCUUGGUGAAGAGAUUUGUUGUUACAAAGCCUGGACCUCCGGAGGAGAUGGAAGUUUUCUCCCUCAUCCUGGUCGUGUCCGUCUGUUGGACUCGAACCUGGAAAGCGGCGAUUGCAGAUUCAAUCAUUCAUAUCGGGGCAAUUUUUGAUGAAUCGGCCAAAAAAGAUGAGGAAGUAUUUCGAAUGGCAGUUGCUGAUCUCAACCAGAAUGAUGAAAUCUUACAAACAGAGAAAAUCACAUGUUCAGUGACGUUUGUGGAUGGCAACAAUCCUUUUCAGGCGGUUCAAGAAG